AUGAUGAUGGCUGUUGCGGUUACAAUAUACCCGCAUGCCAACCGCCCCCUGCCGCAAUGGCGUUAUGGAAUUACAAUCAACGGCCUCUUAUCCAUUUAUAGCAUCGUUUUACGCGGCUGCCUCGGCUUUGUUCUUACCUCGUGUAUUGGCCAAUUGCAAUGGAUUUGGUUUUCCGCCGAUAGACGUCCUCUUUACGAUGCAGUUCUUUACGAUAACGCCGGCCGCGGACCAUGGGGAUCACUUGUAUGGCUUUGGAAGCACCAUAUUAAACAGCCACUCACCGCAUUUGGCGCCCUUAUAACGCUUAUCUCUAUGGCUAUAGAUCCUAUCGUUCAACAGCUCGUGGCGCCGGUUAAUUGUUCGUGGCAGGCCUCAGAGCUUAACGCGACGUUGCCUCGAAGGAACUAUUUUGGAUAUGAAUCGACUCUUCCAAUGCCACCCGCGGACAGCACAAAACUUGAAAGGGCGGUCGCACUUGAAAUUUCGCACCCAGCCAAUUGUUCUGGUCCCGGCUUUUUAGGGAUCAAUUUCGUAACCAGUCUUCAUGCCGGCGCCCUCAAUGGACCCAAGAUCUUGAAUAUUACCACCCCCCAAUUAGCUCAACCCUCUUUGGAUCCAGCAUGUACAAGCUGCAUCAGAAAUUGGGCAACGACACCGGUCGACUUCAACCUAGGCGGCAUGGUUAAGGGGACGGAGGGUUACUCAACGACCGAUACCAACAUACAACUGGUUUUCGCCAACACAAUUUUCAACAGUACAAAUGUCAACCCGCUUACUGGACAACAAAUUCUUAACUGCGACGCAGCUACACCCGAGCACGAUUCCUGGACAUGCAUUGGUUACGGUGCAGCUAGCUGCACGCUAUCGCCAUGCUUCAGGCUGUAUAAUGCCUCGGUUACUGACGGAAUACUCUCUGAGACACUCAUCGACACUAUCAAGUUAGUAGCCCCAAGUAAUGAAUAUCCAGAUGACGAAACCAUCAAUUAUUUUGGACUUCUUGACACCCAGUGUCCUUCACCGGCCGACAUGGAACUACUCACAGCCCAGAAUAUCACGGUCCUUGGGCCCGAGCCCCAGCCCUCUAGUCGGUGGCAGCGGUUCUAUGUUCCGGGAAAGAAAAACGCGACCUACUCCGCCUGGGUCCCGAAAAAUUUAACGGACCCCUUUCAAGACGAUUGGCUAGUACCAGAAGACCUCUGGACCCAAAGCUGUGCAUACGCAAUUGGCAGGGAAAUGGCACUGUUCAUGCAAAAGGAACUGUUUUUUAAGCUUGGCCAGAACACGGAUCUGAGUGCAUCUAUGAUUGGACUGCCCAUUUCCGUCUCGACCGGAAUCGGCACAUCAGACCCGUGGUUGGACGUGCUGAGUUCGACUUUGCUCACUUUUGAAAUCCUGGGCGGGUCGGAACUGAUGCAGCGCACUUACAACUAUGGGAAUUACUCGUUCGCCUUGGUCGAGGAGAUCAUGGCUAACAUAUCCGAGUCCAUCACACGCUUCAUGCGCACUCAGGAGGCGGAUCCCGAGUACGACUUCGGCGCCCCAGUGCAAGGCGAGUCAUUGAGCGCUGGGACGUGCCUCGCCGUGCGCUGGGGCUGGAUCGCAGUCCCGGCAGCCGUAACCACGUGCGUGCUCAUGUUGCUCACCGUCAUCGCAACUGGCACCGCCCAGAGCCGCCUGCCUCCUUGGAAACAGUCGUUUCUCACCUGGGUGUUUCACGGCCCACGGCCCCAGCUGCAUCAGCAGUUCCAGCAUCAGUCUGGCCCUGCGAUGCAAGGCAUGGAGAGCGCUUCGGAGGGUGUACCAAGAGAGAGUAACCGGAGCUGA